AGGUCAUUCCACCAACAUUAAGCUAUUGUUUUUUUCCUCUUCUCUUCUUUCCUUCUCCUCAGAUCCACUCUUGUACCUUCCAGAACGUCACCUGAGCUUCUUGUGAUUUAUACAUUGGCUAAGAAACAAGUGGAUAUCUCCUAGUGCUUGAAAAACGCUCCUAACGAAGCUAUGGUUUCCUUGCCGCGGGUUGCCGCGGCCACAAGCUCCGCGACUCUCAGGCUUGCUACCUUUAUCUUUUUACGCUGGAUCCCCGGUCAUCACUUCCCGCCUAUAAUCUUCACUUCGUUAGUGGUGUACUUGUCUUCAUUGUUCUCGCUCAGUCGCUCAGUCGGCAAGGACACUCCCGAUCGUCAUCAUGACUUGAAAGGCUCUCGGAGUAUUUUUAGUCCGGCAGAAUCUCCAGUCGGGGAUGGUUUUCUCAAGACUCUUUUAACGGGACUGCCCUCCUCCAGAUCGCCUCUAACGACACGGUUAACGGUGUUCGUUAAUAUUGUUCUUACACUUCUCACAUCCGACCUUUUAUUCCGUGGUGUGAUCUUCUAUCCUGUAAAUGAUGCUGCUUUUUCUCGCAUUGGCUAUGUCUCCCCAACAACGGCAAACCUUCUUGUUCGAGAGCCGGACUCCUCUCAACUGCCCCUGGUAGUUUUCUACCAGAGCGCGGAACAAGCGGACUCUUCAAAAUGGGUCGAAGAAGGGAUUAUCUAUGCGCUUGAUGAGUCAACGGAUUUUACGGCCUCAGUUACCCUGGAAAACUUGAAGCCAUCCUCCCAUUACCGCUAUUCUUUGUCCAACAAUCGCACAGGCUCUUUCGUCACCGCGCCUCUCCAUGGCUCGAAAUCUGCCAACAGACUUAGCUUUUUAACGUCUAGCUGUAUGAAGCCAAACUUCCCGUACAACCCACUAUCUCAUCCGCUGCGCAUAAAAGGAAUUGAAAGGAUGACCGACACUGUCAACAAACUGCCGUCCAUGCUUCGACCAGCAUUUAUGUUGUUCCUCGGUGACUUCAUUUAUAUUGAUGUCCCACAGCGAUUUGGUUCCACUGUGUCGCAUUACCGUAGCGAAUAUCGUCGUGUGUACUCGUCCCCCUCGUGGCACACCCAAGGUGAUAGCCCGGCCAUCGAUCUCCCCUGGAUUCACACACUGGACGACCAUGAGAUCGAGAAUGACUGGUCCAAGGGCAACAACACGGCACUUUAUUUGGCUGCAGCCGACCCCUAUAUCCACUACCACGUUAGUAUAAAUCCCCCAAUUCCGGCCACCCCUUUUGCCAAACCCGAGAACACGACCUAUUUCUCAUUCAUUAACGGGCCGGCCUCAUUCUUUAUGCUGGACACCCGCACCUAUCGCUCCGAGCCUGCGCAACCCGACUCUACUAUUAUCGGCUCGGCGCAGCUGCAGUCUCUACUUGCGUAUCUGUCUCGCCCCGAACCAGCCGAAGUGCGCUGGAAGAUCGUCGCCUCCAGCGUCCCCUUUACCAAGAACUGGCAUGUCGGCACGACCGACACAUGGGGAGGAUUCCUGAAUGAACGUCGCACAGUCUUUGAAGCUAUGUGGCGUGCCGAGCGAGAGCUGGGAAUUCGCAUUAUUCUACUGAGCGGAGACAGACACGAGUUCGGGGCAACCCGAUUCCCCGAUCCAACGUUUGACUACACUCCCGAUGAGCUCCUCCCCGAUACCGCUGGAGAAGGCCUCCAUGAGUUCAGUGUCGGUCCGCUCAGUAUGUUCUAUCUACCCAUCCGGACCUACCAUCAAACCGACAACGAAGAUGUCAUGGUCAAGUACAUCCCAACCGGUAAUACCAAGUACGGCCUGAUCAAUAUCGACAUCCGUGACGAACCUGUGCUCACUGCCACUGGGAAGACUGCAAUGGUACCCAGCUCCGUCCUUACCUACUCGCUCUACGUUGACAAGGAUGUCGCCUGGAGAUAUAGUCUCAGCGUCCCACUGCCCGGGUACGAGAAUAUUAUCGCUUCUGCUGCCUCCGUUAGACACCCACGACUCCUACCUGGUAAGGUUCUUGAUGACAAUCGCGAAACUGUUGGGUGGGAUGCUCAGUUCACGGCCGCACUCGGCCAGGUAGAAGAAGUGGGAAGACGGCUGGUUAGCCGUACUAUAGAUCAAGUCUAUAAAUUCUUGGAUAAAGCAGAAACUGCGGAGAGACUGGACUAAAUAGAUAUGCGGAGUUGGUAUAGAUGUGUUUAUUGUCCGCUUUCACAAUGAAUACCAGUGUACUCAUUUACACUGUAAAAUCUAUCUUGGUGUGCAACACAAUGAGCUAGACUUAAGUUCCAUCACUAAUGUAAUGUAUUGACGUACGAGAUAUCACAUGAACAUCGU